AUCCUUUUACUUUUUUCUUUAGUUGUUUCUUAACACAAUGAAAUCUAAUCUUAUCAGAUCCGCAGUAUUGAUUCUAUCUUUGUCUGUUUGUUCACAUGCAUUGGAUAUGCAGACAACCUAUCAACAGGGAGCUCCCAAGAAUAUAGCAUUUAACGCUUUUAUGGGUGGAUCAUCUCAUCAUACGUGGGUUCUCUCGAUCAUGGAAACAUUAGGCAAGCGCGGGCACAACAUGUCAUAUUUGACUACCACGGAAGACACUCGAUUUGGCCAGCCAUAUGAUAAUAUAAAGACGAUUGAUAUAGGGCCCGUAUUUUCUUACGAUAAAGCUAGUUUGAGUUCGGAUAUAACUAAAUCAGGUACGAGUUCGCUAGAUACUUUGGUUAAAGUAACAAGAAUGAUGGCAUUAGAUUAUGAAAGAGAUUAUCGUACAUUGGUAAAUUACUUUAAAUUCAAUAAGAUUGACGUGGUUAUAUGUGAUUAUUUUAUGGUUGCUUGUGUUGAUGCAGCAAAUACAGUAAAAAUUCCAUUUAUUAUUACGUCUGCUAUGGAUCCUACUACAGAAUCUGCUGCGCCUUACAUCAACAAUGAUAUCCUCUUGAUGAAUGACUAUACGACCGAAUUUCAAAGCCUUAUCGAACGCUUCAAGAAUAACUAUAUCCUUCCCUUGCAAGCCUGGUAUAAAUAUAGGCCCUAUGUAAAGGAUAUGUCUGCUCGAAGAAAGGCAUUGGGUAUUACCAGCAAAUUCCAACGGGCCGAAAAAUCUUGGGACGGUUCAAUCAAGCUGAUUAAUAAUAUGUUUGGUUUCACGCCUGCUAGACCCCUGGGUCCCUUAGUAGAAUUCGUUGGUCCGAUUCUUCCCAAGAAAUACAAGCCUUUAACACCUGAGCUUGCUGACUACUUGAAUUCCCAUCAACGGGUUGCUUACAUUGCUUUUGGGCAAAUGGCUACGCCUUCGCGUCACAAUAUUCUUUUGAUCUUGACGGGUCUUUUCGAAAGUAUAGAAGCGGGAUUUCUGGACGGUUUUAUUUGGGCUACAGUUAAUUCUGCAGAGUUUUUCCCUGAAAGUGUCACAAGCUCCUCAGGUACUGUUUAUCAAGUGAAAGAUAUGCUGGAUCAUGCUCAUCCUCAUGCGCGUAUGGUAAAAUGGGCUCCUCAGACCGCUAUUUUGUUACAUACUUCUACCCAUGUCUUUGUAUCUCAUGGUGGGUUAGGAUCUUGGUAUGAGUCUAUGUAUUCUGGUACGCGAAUGAUCAUGUUCCCCUUCUUUGGCGAUCAAUUUGGGAAUGCAUUGACGAUUGAACGAGAUAAUCUGGGCGGCCUUUUAAAACCGGAUGCUUCCAUAGCUACAGCUGUUCAACUCUUUAAAAGAAUCAGCGAGGACAAAAAUGGUGUUAUUAAAGAAAACGUGCAGCGCAUCCAGGCUCUUACUCAAAUUAGAGCUCAACAUGGUACUAUACGUGGAGCUGAUGUGGUAGAGGAGGUGUUGUUUACGCAUAAGGAUUCCCAACUUGCUCAUCGUCAAUCGGUUGAUCGUCAUAUGUCUUACAUUAAGUCUCAUAAUCUGGAUAUACUGGCUAUGUUGUUAUUAAGUCUUGGUUUAGUUCUGGCUUUUGUGUGCUAUAUGUCGUGCCAAUAUUAUGCUACCAAGUUUUAUAAGCAAAAGACGAAGAAACUUUAAAAAACAGAUACUAUGUACACACGUGUUUAACAGUCUUCUGAUCAUUGACUGGCUGCUUUUCUAUGUAUGCAUCUUAUUUUAAUAUUGUUUCUCUAGUAUCAUUGCAAUGUAUAAUAAAAUGAAAACACAGGAACAUAGUUUCCGUCGUCUUGUCAUAAA